AUGAAGUUAUUAAUACUUGCAACAACCCUUUCUUUCUUCGCUGCCGCCGUCAUCACCCCUACUGUCACCGCUGACUUGGUCGCUGAAGAUGGAAAGUACGAAAAAUUCCUGAAAGUUCUUUCCGAUACACCGGGACUUUUGGAAACUGUGAGUUCCAACUUCCCACUCACCAUGUUUGGCCCCACUGAUGCGGCCUUUGAUGAUGCUUCAGAUGUUGUUGCUGGAAUGAGCCACUCCGAACUGGCUAUGGUGUUUGCCAAUCACGCCAUGGCGGGAGUAUUCACUGUCGAACAUUUCAAAGCCGCCGGAUGUUCCGAGUUGAUGAGCUUGACUGGAGGCAAAGUCCGAAUGGCGUACCACAAUGGCAAUUUGAUGAUCAAUGAAGCCACUGUCAUUCAACCUGACCUUAUUGAAAACGAAGGAGUCUUUCAUGGAAUCGACGAGGUGGUCUUGCCCGGAUCAUUCGCACCUUGUAGCGCCUUGAAAAAUAGUAGCGCUUUGACAAAAGGAACAAAGAAGGGGACCAAGAAGGACUCUGUAAGGGAAGAAAGAUAA